AUGGCGUCGGCGCCCGGCGGCGAUCCAGUGCUCGCCGCCUGCAAGGACAAGCUGAAGCACUUCCGAUUAAAAGAGCUAAAAGAUGUCCUGUAUAAGAUUGGACUUUCAAAGCAUGGAAAGAAGCAGGAACUAGUGGAUAAAAUCAUUGCAAUAUUAUCCGAUCAACAGGAUCAAGCCUCCAAAAUUGAUGGCUUACCAAACAGACUGAUGGUUGGAAAAGAAACGGUAGUGAAAAUAGUCGAGGACACUUUUAGAAAAAUGCGUGAGCCUGCAAAUGCUGUUUCAGCCUCUGGAAACCAGAACGAGCUGGGGUACAGUGUAAUGCCUAUGAAAAACCCAGAUGAUUCUGCUCAGCUGGAUAUCAAGGUCCGUUGCCCCUGUGGUAAUUCCAUGGCCACUGGGUCCAUGAUUCAGUGUGACCAUCCACGAUGCAAUGUAUGGCAACAUAUUGAUUGUGUCAUCAUACCUGAGAAGACUGCAGAUACUGCUCCUCAAGAACUACCUUCCAGUUUCUAUUGUGAGAUGUGCCGAGUCAGCAGGGCAGACCCUUUCUGGGUCACUAUUAACCACCCAUUACUUCCAGUGUCAGUAGCUCCUUCGAACAUAAUGGCAGAUGGGUCAUAUACUGUACAGUAUAUCGAGAAAACCUUUCCGUUAUCAAGAGCUAAUAGGGAAAUGCUACAGAAAGCUGAAUAUGACAUUCAGGUUUGGUGUAUCCUUCUCGAUGACAAAGUUCCUUUCAGGAUGCACUGGCCUUUACAUUCUGACAUGCAAGUUAAUGGUAUUCCUGUUCGGGUUGUCAGCAGGCAAGCUACACAGCCGUUAGGGGCCAAUGGUAGAGAUGAUGGUCUUAUGUUAACACAGUUUUUGAAAGAAGGUCCCAAUAAGAUUGUUCUAUCUAGAAGUGACUCUCGUGCGUUCUGUUUGGGUGUCAGAAUUGCCAAGAGGAGAUCUCUGGAAGAGGUCCUAAAUUUGGUACCAAAGGAACAGGAUGGUGAGAAGUUUGAUGAUGCCCUUUCUCGUGUGCGUCGCUGCGUCGGUGGGGGGACUGAGGCAGAUAAUGCAGACAGUGAUAGUGAUAUUGAGGUUGUUGCUGAUUCAGUCUCUGUAAAUCUCCGAUGCCCUAUGACUGGUUCAAGGAUUAAGGUAGCUGGUAGGUUCAAACCCUGUGUCCACAUGGGUUGUUUUGAUUUAGAAGCUUUUGUGGAACUGAAUCAACGUUCACGGAAGUGGCAAUGCCCAAUUUGCCUGAAGAACUAUUCUCUGGAGAAUCUAAUUAUUGAUCCUUAUUUCAAUCGCAUCACUUCGCUAAUCAAAAGCUGUGGAGAUGAUAUAUCAGAAAUCGAUGUCAAGCCGGAUGGUUCCUGGAGAGCUAAGGGUGGAGCUGAACUGAAGGAUCUUAUGCAGUGGCAUUUACCAGAUGGCACUCUCUGUAUGUCCACAGGUACAGGACCGAAACCCAACACGGGUGUUGUAAAGCAAGAGAUUAAAGAAGAACCGUUGCCUGAAAAUAAGGGUUCUCGUCUCAAACUGGGAAUUAGGAGAAACAACAAUGGCAAAUGGGAAAUUAGCAAGAAAGGGGAUGUUAAUUUGAAACCAACUUCUUAUAAUGAUCAGAGUAGAGACUUUGAUAAUGGGAAAUGCGUCACCCAUACAAGCAACAGUAAUCAUGAGGAUGCUAAAGGUGGAAGUUAUAAUUCAGAACCGGGACAAUCUGAUCACCCUACGAGCAGUGUAUAUGAUCUGAAUACUUCUCCUGGGGAUGAACAUGUUCCAAUAGUUCUGAGCGACUCAGAUGAUGAAAAUGCUACGGUGUUGUCUCCUAGUGCAGUGAAUUGUGGCGCAGCAAAUGACACCGGAUAUGAGUUUCCACCGCCCAAUCCACUUGACACUUCAGGAGGCCCAGAUGAAACUUCAUUUUUCCUUAAUGAAAACUUUGAUGAUCUGGGGUUGUCAUUUUGGGAGUAUCCUUCGACUACCCAAGAUGAUCCAGGAAUACAAGGAACAGAUAAUCUGGGUGAAGUGCAAAACUACCCUGCCACCAAUCUAUCUCUGCACGAGCCAGUUUCUACGGUUAAUUUGGGCGUAUUAGCACCAGCAGCAAACCAACCAGAAUAUGGGAAUGAUGGAAGUUUAAAUAAUGCCAAAAACACUUCCCGGAAAAGGAAGAACCCUGCGAAUGAAAUAACAUCUUUAGAUGCUUCAGUUCUCAUGAGUGGCAAUGACGACGACGACUUUGCUGGGGAUGGAUCUGGUGGCACUUCCUCACUGUCUGGUCAGCCACGGUCAGUUCGACCAAAAUCCGUACUAGCUAUUGAGUCAGAUUCUGAUUAG